UUGUAUAAAGUCUAUCAUCUUUAUUGAGUGGAACCCGAAGGAGAUUCACGAUCCUUAAAUUUUGUAAAUUAAUAUUUUUCUCGAAAUGUGGCUUUUCAUCCCUUGAUAAUCCAAAAAAAAAUCUGCUCAAGUGAUAAGCUAUUCGAAAAGCAUGUUCUUCGAUAGGUAUAGAGGAAUACUCUGACUUGCGAAACGUAGAUAUAAAUCUUAUGUAAAGAAUUUCGACAGUUUAUCUGCCCUAGAAGAAUUUGAAAAUGGAAAGAAAAGAAUCGAAAAGUCGCCGUUCUGAGUUUUGCCCUUCUUGCUCUCGAGUGAUGAUGUCCUACGUUAAUACAAUGCAGGAUUUUCUAGAUAAAGUGGUUGAAGAAAUAGAGUGCAACACUCCACCUCGGCGAGACGCUGUCCCAGCGAGGACAUUAAUCCGGGACCUAUCUGACGUAAGAAGACGUCUCCCUUUGCGUAGAGGUCAAACUUCUAGGGCGGAGUCUACGUUAACCGAAACGACAGAGUUGAAAAGUGAAACAAAAAAUGUAGUUUGCGAAGGUAGCAACGAUCUUCCAAAAUCCCAAUAUUUAAUAAAGGAUAAACAAAUACCGGAUCAUACUCAAGAACAAGUUAAGCCGCCUUAUUCAUUCGAAUCCCCAAUAAAACACACACAAAAACAAGAAUAUGCAGAAAUUUCAAGAAGUGACUCUCACGUACAGAAUCAGUUUCGACCUUCGGAAGCUUAUAAAUCAAGCCCAGAAUUACAAAAUAAGCAAAAUGAAUACGAUAUUCCAUCUCCCUCAAUAGAUCAGAAAUACGAAAUCAAUUUUCAGAGUCACAUUCCUAGUGAAAAAUAUCAAAACGAAAUUAAAUCAGCGGAGUUAGAUAACACACUACCAGUUGCAAAUAGUCAGAGUUCUGAAAUCUUGCAACAGUCAGAUGAAAUCACAAAUUUAAUGCAAAAUAUUAAAGAUACAAAACAAGAUAUUCGGUAUUCUCCAACAACUGAAUAUCAGAAACAGCAUCAAGAGGAAUCUACCGAUAUUCAAAUUUAUUCUGUUGAGGAUGGUCACGCUCACACCUCGGAUGAUGGCAGUCGGUACCCUUCGUCCGUUAAAGAAAUGCCUCAUUUUGAACCAUCGUCGCCCGAAGUGCCUCAUAUCGAACCACCCUCACCCGAAGUGCCAUUACCACCGACGUGGGUUGAAAAUAUGCUAAACAUAUGCGAUAUUCCGUUAAUAAUACCACCGGAAUACGAAAGAGAAGCUUACGUGACAAUGGCAACGAAUAAUCUAACGGCUAUUGGCGCUAUGGUAUUGGGAAAUUCUUUGAGAUUAUCUAACACCUCCAGAACUUUAGCCGUCCUUAUAGCGGACGAAGUAACUGAUGAAUUGAGGAAUGUGUUGGCAUCUGUGUUUCACGUAGUUCAACGUAUUUCUUCUCUAGAACCCAUGGGUAGCACCAAAUUAGCUUUACUAGAGCAACCAGAAUUGGGUAUUACAUAUUCAAAAUUGCUUGUUUGGCGAUUGACGCUGUUUGAUAAAUGCGUGUUUUUAUCGCCAGAUACUUUAGUUAUUCAAAAUUGUGACGAGUUGUUCGAAAGAAAUGAAAUAUCCGCCGUACCAGAUAUUGGUUGGCCGGAUUGUUUUAAUACCGCAGUUUUCGUCUUUACUCCAUCAGACGAAACUUUUUGGAAUCUAGUCAGUUUUGCAGAAACAAAAGGCAGCUUCGAUGGUGGAGAUCAGGGUCUGCUUAACAUGUACUUCAGAACUUGGUCGCUAGAUCUCCAUAAACGUUUACCAUUUAUCUACAAUCUCAUGGCGAAUGUUAGUUACACCUAUGGUCCCGCUUUUGUAAAAUUUGGAGGUAAUGCCAAAGUAGUUCAUUUCUUUGGAACAACCAAACCGUGGAACGUCCAGUUUAAUGUCGUAACGGGUCAAUUAGCACCUUUCAGUGGAGUUCACCCAACUUUCUCCUCUUACGUUCAAUAUUGGCUGACAAUCUUUGCGCGAUGUGUUUUACCACUUUUCUCGCAAGACGUUCAAGAAUAUUCGACAUCGAAUAAUUACGUGAAUGCGUUAGACUUGGCGAGAAUCGUGGCCGGUUCGAAUGAUGCAGUUUUCUCCUUUUCUCCUCCGUCUUUCAGGCGUUACUUAGAUUCUUCGGAACCAGUUUCCUUUCCGUCCGAAAAAGUACAAAAUACAGUUUUGGUUCGCGUGGAUGAGGAGGAAUCCAGUUCGGAAUCUGAAGAGGAAUUACCCACGAUAGAGAAAUCCGAAGAGGAAACGAAAGACGAGAGUUUGAAUGAUUACAAUAGAAUGUUAGCUUGGGAACAAGGAAGGAUGGAUUAUUUAGGUCACGAUAGUUCGGAUAAUGUCUUGAAGAGGUUGGAUCAUGCCAUUAGAAAAGGGGAUAGAUCGUCUUAGAUAUUUUUGUAUUUAUUGCCGUUUUAAAUAUUUGUUAGUUCUUAAUUUAUAGCGGACGAUCUUUUUAUCGGUCCAAUUGUUGAUUUUUGGCUUAAAUUUAACAUCCGGAAUUCAUUUGAAUAAAAGUAUUUUGAACUGCUUA